CCAAUGGCUGGCACUCGACUUUGGACCCUCUAGGUUAUCAAGUUCCGACGUUCGAUCCUUUUAGAAAUUAACGAAACAUCAGCUCGCGAUUCGACCGUAAAGAUACUGCAUACGGACAAAGAUGACCUCCGCGCUCGACAUCACAAGCGAUCUUCUCCAGGACAACAUCCCAGUCAUACGCUUGCUCCCUGCACCCAUCCCUCCGGGAGGACAAGCCACAUGGUCUUCUUCCGGCCGCACGUUUCUCGCUGCUCUUUCUCCAUCGAGCAACUCUUUCGCGGCAUGGGUUGCGCCGAAGGUCGACGUGACAGCAAAGGCUUGGGAAGACGAGAACGGGAUUCUUCAAGAGGAGCCGGUCACAAGGAUCACAGAUGUCUAUGAGCCUGACAAAGCGAUCUAUAUGGGAGCUUGGGGAAGUGCCGACGAAUCUCUGCAUGCUUUCUACAAAGACGCAUUCACCAUCUUCAACUCGGCCCAAGCCAUCCACCAGGUUCACGUUGCUCCGCUCAUGUCCGGAAACCUACCUCAGACCGAUGGGUCAUCAUCGUUGCCCACAUACGAGCAGGAGCUGGAGGUCAAACGCGUGGGCUAUAUGCGAGAGUUGGCGGAGAACUAUAUGGAGGCGGUGGAAGAGGUUGUCAGGGAUACCCAGCUCGAUGCAUCUAUUCGCGCUCAUCACCUAUCGAUUCUCUGCAUCCUGUCGCUGGCAACUUUGUUGUUCUUCCCUCAAGACGGGCUUGGCGACUCGCUCGCCGGGGAAGAGCUACUCGACUGGUUAAAUUCGUAUGGCGAUGGUGAUGGCUGGGGAUCCAUCUGCGACUCGGCCAACCGGCUGGCUAGCAGGGUCAAAGAGUGGGAAGAGGACGAUUGGGAAAACACCGUCUGCCUUUCAAUCUUACGAGGUCCAGAAGUAGCUCAGCGACUCCUGCAAUCCUUGUCCGACUCUCAUCCGGAACCCCAGAUCGCUUCAUUUGCCAACAUUCUCUCAUCGUCGCUCGCCAAAGUUCCUCGUUCACGGGAUGUCGACAAACACCCAACAUCAGCUUCCUUCCUCUCGGCACAUGCCUCCUGGCGGGAAAGACUUAGAGCCGAAAUUUCCAUCUUUUGCCACGGUCGAGAAGAUCAAGGCGGAUGGCUCGAGCUUGAAAACGACAUUGACGGUAUCGAUCGGGCCGUCCUGGAGGAAGAGAGCGAACGUUGGGAACAGGUCCUCAUGAGGUUUGCUAGCCUGAUGUGGGGCGACCAAGAAGCUAUACUCGAGACAGUGGAAGCGGAAGGAGGCGGUGAUUGGACUUUGGCUUUGGGGAUCUGGGGAGUAUGGGUGGACGUCAGUCUGCGUAGAGACCGAUAUACCGAUGAAGGCUGGAUUGAAGGAGGAAUGAGACCAGCCUUGGGAGCUAUCACAGAAGCGCUACCGGUAGAGCCGACCAACCUUCAAGAAACGACCAUGCUCGCAUUGUGCAACAAUGAGAUUACAGAUGCUCUGGUGCAGUGCAACAAGAUGUCUUUGUGGCUAGCGACCCACCUCACCGAUCUCCUCGAGAAGCUCAACCUGGUCGAUGAUGACGACGACGAAACGUACGAGCUUCCUUUGCGGGACUAUUUCGUUUUUCAGUACACCGACAUGCUGCUGCUCGGCCACGAAGGCUACUGGGAGGUCGCAUGCGAUUACCUCAGCGGAUGUGGAGCGCAAGGAGUUGGCCGGAUCCGAGAGAUCUUGAAACGAAUCUCGCUUAACAUUGGGAAUUCGCCGAACUUUACCCAGGCGGACGACAACGAGGAUGCGGUGAUGGAGGUUACUUCGAUUAUUGUUCCUCCUGGAGGAACAGCCGAAUCAAACGAUGAUCUCGAAACGGUGAAUGCGCUGUUAAAGGUUGCGUCGGACCACGGUCUGGAAGACGAACGACGUGAAAUCUGUAGACUGGCUGCCCUUCAGUUACUGCGGCAACAGAGAUACGGCCAGGCGGUGGUCUACUGCAUACACUCCAUGGACACGCGUCUGUUAGCGGCGAUCGGGGAGGCAGUGCUGGACGUGUACUGUUCAAAAGGAACUGAGGCCUACCUACAGGCCGUAGAAACGAUACCAUCCUCGAUCUUUACAACCGACGAUGGCGGACAUCACGUAUUACUUUUCCUCGCAAGGUUCAAAGAGUUCCUUGAAGCCUUGGCGGAAGACCGCAAACCUGAUGCUGCCAAGAUCGUACUCGCUUGUUUCGGAGAAGGUCUAGUUCCGGAGGGGUUCAGUGCUGUCCUGCUGCUAGACACUACUGAGCUGCUCGAAGAUCCAGAAUUGUUGUUCGACGAAAACGAUACCUGCGAGCUACUCCGCAAUCUGGAAAUCGUGUCGCAAGGUGCGACUCUUUCGCCAUCCACCUACUUGAGGAGCCUUUCCAAUCUUCAAUACCGCAAGGGGAUCGUAGGGAACGGAAACACCGACAUUUCAAGUCGAAUUGCACUCGAGGCAUUGGACGCCGUACGAUUGGCCGCGGCCCGAAAUCGCGUCGACAUGUAUCUAUAAUCUGAAACGACUCUUCCAAACGAGUGUGUACACUGUAAUGAACGUAUUAAAACGAGUGUAGAUCUGAGACCAAUAUGGAAUCGCGUAAAUCAUUA